GUAUGGGCGUGGCCACUGUCAAUCAUUCUCUUGACUGACAGCUCCUCCAGCUUCAAGCUCCGCCCACAAUGGUCUCUUAGCUGCAGCAGCGGUAGAAAACAAUGGAUGCUUCAGCAAAGUGAGCAGCUCUCAGCGAUCCUGGUAAAAGAAGAUGCCGGUGGGAAUCUCAGCACUCUGGCGUUCAUCAUGGGCCCCGACGUGCCGCUGCUCAACGACUACAAGCAGGAGUUCUUCUGGAAGCGCUUCCCUCAGACAGUUCUGGGGGGCCCGAGACUCAAACUGGGCUACUGCGCUCCUCCAUAUGUCUACAUCCACCAGGUGGUGCUGUUCUUCAUGCCGUGGCUCCUCGGUGGGGUGGCCACUCUACUCUUUCAGCUCAGGGUGAUUGAUGACUUCGGGGCUGGGAUCUUGUCCGGGGUACUGAUGCUGGCAUUCAGCACAGUGCUUCAGACCCUGUCCCAGUGGGUGGCACGGAGAACCGGUGCCGUCCAGAGGCUGGCAGUGGGACACAACGUCAUGGCCGACGAAGAGGAAGUGGAGUUCACGCGGUGCGCAGGACCCGAGACCGUGCGUGUGGCCCCAGGGAAGCGCUUCAUGGCUAACGUGGUGCUUCAUACGGCACUGGCCGGGGCGAUGUGUGGGUUUGGGACGUGGUACCUCCUGCCCGAUCGUCUGAGUUUCGUUUUCGGGAACGACGGCGCCGUGGUCCCGGUGUUUGCCCUCAGCUGGGUGACUCUGUGCAUCGGGGAGUACUCGCUGAUCGUCAACACAGCAGCAGAAACGGCCACUUUCCAGCCGCAGGACACGUACGAGAUCACUGCACUCACCAGGCCGCUGUACAUCUUCAGCUUCAUUGCCGUGGAUCUGGCACUCAGGUGUGUCGGAGGGGGUGUGGCUGAGUUGCAGGUGGCCAGUCAGGUGAUGCAUGUACUGUUCAUGGUGCUGCCUGUACUGUGGGCUUUGGGAAUGCUGCCACCUCUCGAUGCUCUGGUGCUAUGGAUCAUGGAGCAGAGCCUCAUACACACACUGGGAGGAUCGGCAAUGGCCACCAAUCACAGGUUGGUGUUAAUGUUCCUGUCUUCCGUCUGCAUCUCCAUCUCCACGUUCUUCAUCCCCUCAUCCCUGGGCGUGGUCCUUUUUACCGUGGCGACGGGCUUCAUCCUCAGUCAGGACCUGACGCACGUCAUCGUAUUGUUACGGUGCGGGAAAAGUGACACACACACUCGCUCUCUCAGCCUGGGUUGGUGGAGUCUCCCGCUCUCCGCCCUCGUCCUCACGGUGGCCAUGACCGAAGCGGCUCUGCUGCACCUCAUCUGUCCCGCAGGGGGGUGGAACGUGACCGGGGGAGACUCCCAGGGAUCAUGUGACACUGUGGCGGAGCCUCAGGCUCUGAUUGGCUGGAUCCUUAUCGCUCUGUUUGUUGUUACACGUGUGUUGAGGGAGGUUCAGGGUGCGUGUGUGUUAGGGGGACUCGUCCUCAAUCCUCUCUACCCCAAACGAGUCAGCAGCGUCCACGCCUUCGUGAACAGCAGCAGAGGAUUGUGGGUCGCCUCGCUCAUCCGCCGAGUGCUUAUUAACCUGGUGUGUCCCUUAACAAUGGUUGGCUUUUUGGCCACGGAUGCAUCCCUGUACAGCUUACACACCAUGGCAUUGGCUAUCGGCUUCACACGAGCCUUCAGAGUGGUGUGGCAAAGCAGUGAGGAGGCUCUCCUGCAGAUCGUGGUGGUGGUGAUGGUGAGAUUGGCUGAUGGAGGAGGUGUUGUGCGUCAGUGGCACGAUCUGGGCACUGGAGUGCAGCUUAUAGUGGUAUCUCUGGUGUCCGAUCGUCUCUCUCAGUUCCUGUUAAAGCUGAAGUUCUCUCUCACUGUGUUAAUCACAUCGUGGACGGAGACGAAGCAGCGGCGUCAGUCGGCUGGCACACUGUUGGCACUGAACGUGGCACUUUUCCCACUGCUGGUUGCCGUGUUGAUGCUGUCAGCGCUGCUCUCCGCUCCUCUCCUGCCACUCUUCACUCUGCCCGUGUUUCUGGUCGCUUUCCCCAGACCCCUGCGCUCGUGGCCGGGAACACCGGGCACCGCCUGCCCGUGCCCUGACUCCAUCUACUACCAGCAGCUCUGCACUAGGCUAGCCUCAGCACUAGCGCAUGCAUUUGCUAGCGGAGUGCUGGGUGCUUACUCUCCUGGUUCUCAUUUCCUGGGCCGGUUCCAGGAUCGAGUGGUGUGGAUCAGCGUUCUGGAGAAAGGCUAUGGUUACUGUACGGUCAACAUUAAAGGUUUGGAGCUGCAGGAGACGUCGUGUCACACAGUGGAAGCCCGGCGAGUCGACGAGGUUUUUGAGGCAGCAUUUGACCGUCUGGAGCAUCCCGGGCGUUUCCUGCGCUUCCUGAACCCUCACUGGGGGAAUGCGCUCACCCCCUGCGCCCUCCUGCCUGUCACCGUCUACUCGGAUGCCCGCAACGUCCUCACCGGCAUCAUCGACUCCCCUGAUCACCUCCGCCAGCUCCGUUCUGACUUCCUCAAGACGCUGGUUUGGAUUCUGCUGCAUCACACGGUCCAGAACAGGACCUACAGAGUGAAGUCCCACUCGCUGCAGAGCUCCCAGCAUGCCGUGCAGCCUGAGCCCACGUCACACGAUGCCAAACUGGGCAUGGUCUCUCAUAGCCAAUUCGAUUCCUCCUCGUCUCCGCAGCUGAGGGGGCGGAGCAGCUUAUCCUCGCUGUCUGACUGGUCGGAUGAGGACGAUCUUUUCGGGCCGGUCCCGGUCCGUAAGCCGGUGAGGAGGAUGAUGUUACGAGCAGAGGAAGAACACACGUCUCUUCCGGGUUCUGUAGAAAUUCACAGCCUGUAUGAAAACAUGGCUCUGGCAUCUUUACCCACACUUCGCCCUCUCGGGCUUGGAGUCAGCCUCGAUAAGGAAAAAGAUGAUGCCAUGCCUGUUAGCUCCGCCCCUUUCGCAACUUUUGAUCACACCAACCCGCCAAACUUCUCCUCAAAACAUUCUGAAGCCCUCUCACUUCCAACAUCCUGGUUUUCUGCCCCCUUUACCACCUCCAAGCUCCACCCACUCAGGCCCUCCUUUCCAGAUGAAUGGUUUCGUUUUUGUCUGGCACAGUUAGUGAUGGAAGGAUUGUGGGAUGGGGAGGAUGAACAGAGUGUGUGUCGGGCGUUACAGGAGGACAGCGCGCUAAUGGAGAUGUACAGCCAGGUGGCGCUGUCCUGCGCACUGGCAUUAGGUAUGGACCUCUCAGUGCCAAGCGCCAGCUUCGUUUUUAGGGUUUACUGUGGAGAGGCAGCGUGGCACGAAGGACUAGACUGGCUCCGAGAAAAUACCGAGCUGCAUCAGCUCACACUCAGGGCUUUCAGGUACAGUGUAAAGCUGCUGAUAGACCAGGCAUCUCUAGGGCCAAUGGAAAGUGAGGAGGAGCUUCACUCCACCCUGCAUCAUUAUCACCAUCACUGGUUCAUCGGCAUGGCAACAGAGAGAGGCUGGCACGAUGGAGUUCUACAGGAGAAACCCUUCCUGUUCUCACUUGGCCACGAUAUCACCAUGGGUUCAUAUACGGGCCGCGUGCUGUCGCUGCAGGAGUGUGUAUUCCAGCUGGGGGCGCUGUGUGAGGAGUGUGUGCGCGGUCAGUGGGCCAAUCUAUCCUGGGAGCUGCUCUACGCCACCAACGAUGACGAGGAGCGCUACAGCAUUCAGGCUCACACACUCCUGCUGAGGAACCUGACAGUGCAGGCUGCUGAGCCACCGCUGGGUUACCCUAUCUACUCCUGCAGCCCCACACACCUCACCUGCUUCUGACUGUGUCCAUAAAUAUGUCAGAAUUCAAAUUAGUGUGUGCAGCAAACAUGUUAUUCAUUCAUGACAAUCAUGACUUCAGGACACAUCUGUAACUGAUGCAUGUUUCACCACACACACACCUCUUUGACUGAAGAGUGUAAGCUAAUGAACUGAGAUUUUCAGCCUCUGUGUGUAUAAAUGGGGGACAUCAACACAAAUCGCACGUCUCAAACAUUUAAACACAAACUCUCAAACACACAACAUUAACCUUCUGGUUAUGACAUACUGAAAGAGUGUUAAAGCUGUUUUAAUGCUCCGCCUUUUCCAACCUUUCAGCAGCACUUUUCUACUGGAGCUACAAAAUAAACUGAAUUGUCAAACUAA